AUGAGUAACGAAGUUGAAGAGUUGAAGAAAAUAGUUGAGGCGUUGCAGAAGCAAGUGACGCGAUUGUCAGACCAAGAAGAGAUCCGCAAACUCCAAUACACGUACGGCUACUACUUGGACAAAUGCCUUUACAAGGAGGUGGCGGAGCUUUACUCUGACCAUCCGGACACUGCCGUAGAGUUUCUUGGCGGUCGCUACAAUGGCAAGGAAGGCGUCAAAAGACUCUACAUCAACCGCUUUGCAAAGGCAUUUGUUGCAGGCCGCAAUGGCCCUGUCCAUGGCUUUCUCUUAGAUCACCCACAGAUGCAGGGCAUCGUGGACGUGAACGCAGAAGGCACGCGAGCAAAGGGCCGUUUCCGCAGCAUGAUGUCCGCAGGCACGCACGAAAGCAUCAAAGACUCACACCCUCGGGGUCUAGUCCAGUGGUGGGAAGGUGGCAUCUAUGAGAACGAAUACAUCAAGGAAAACGGUGUCUGGAAAAUGUUUCGACUCAAGUAUUUCCCAUUCUGGCACGCCUUGUUCGACAAGGGUUGGUCAUACACGAAGCCAAACUACGUUCCUUUCUUGAGCAAGACAUAUCCUCAAGAUCCAAAUGGACCGGACGAGCUGUGCGAUCACCCUAUGAUGUGGCCAGACACGAGGGUCGUUCCAUUCCACUACACCCAUCCAGUGACUGGCGAACAGGUCGCAGAUGAUGACUUGAGAGCGCCUCAUUUUGGCCAGGAUGCAUCAACAAGUGCUCCCCCUCUGGUCCUGAGUAAACCGAAACCAGAGACCACGAAUGGUGGAUAG